UAGUAUCAUUGUUAAUCGAAAUUGCGAUUCAAAUUCAACUUCGCGUUUUCCUUGAUUAUCGGCCAGAAGGGGAUUUUUUUUUCUCUCCCUUUAAAAUUUAUUCUCUCCGUUCCUUUUCCCUUUUUUUUCCUCCUUUAAAUUUGAAGUUUCUUCGGGAAUCGUGUUGGGCGUGGUGGUGUUAAUCGUUUCUUUUCCUCCUUUCUGGGCUUUAGCGCCCUGUGGCCACUGAAAUCGAUGAUCGUCAGUAUUCAAUGGACCCGUCGUCAGUGCACAAAGUUCCUCCAGUUGAAGAAGAUGAGUGGGACACUGAUGGGUUCGUGAUUCCCAGCUUGGGAAUAGAAGAGACAAACCAAACUAAAGCUGGCUCUCCAAAAGUAGAAAUCCAAGAACCUCCCCCAAAGGUUAAAGAAGAAACGACGAUCUAUCUUGGCCCACAUGGCGCGCCACCAUCACAGUCAAAACAGGAUUUAAACCCCACCAAUCGUAAGCAACGAUUAAAGCAGAAAUUGAAGGAAGCAGAUCGGAGGACCACGACGGGACGAGAGAAUAAGUUGGAGAAUUUAAGAGAGCUUGUAGGUGGUGGAAAAUCAAGCACCAAUAUGGCAAAGGGUUCUUCUAGGGACUGGCUUGACCCACAUUGCCAUGAGGCUCAGUUCGAGAAGUAAUGGCCACAGAGAUCACAAAGUAAUUUAUAAAACAACUUCAGAAAACUAGCACAGUUUUCCAGAUGAAGAUCUGAUUGGUCGUUUUGUCAGAGUCUAUUAACUGUCCUUUCGAGACAAAUGUUACCUUCUCUAUAUUUUUGGAAACUUAAUGCGUGGAGUUUAUAAACUAUAAUAAGUUUUGUUUGGAGCUUUGAUGGUAUAAAUGAAGCAGUUGCUUACAAAGCAGGAAAUUUAGUAAA